CAUACCAGACUACAGGUGAAUUGCUACAUCUAAUUCUAGACUUUUGACUAUGCCGUGUUACAUGACCUUUAAAUGUCUUUCUCAAAAUCCUUCAUGCAAGCGUCAUAGGUACAUGUUACAUGUAGGUAAACCUAUUUCCCAUAAAUGCACGAAUUAAUCGUGUUUACUGAGCAAUCUUAUCGUCAAAUUUUCAGUUGUAAUGCAGCUUUGCUUUCGAUUGAAAUCUUAGGUUGCUGAGUAGAGUAUUCUGCUGAAACAUUUUUCGGAGAUGUUAACGUUAUUACCAAUGAUAAUUUAAAUCUUUGAUGCGGCAACUCCAAAGGCCCCGGACACGUUAAUGGUUCGGAAAUGAACGAUGCAAACAGAAUGAUGUGGUUGUGCAGCAAUUUCACAGAGAAGUUGUUUGUGAUUAUGAUCACAGAGAUGGACUAAAUGAGUUCGCCAAAUAUGUUCUUAACGAUGGCAGUACGAACUUCAAGGCAGUACGAACUUCAAAGAUAGCGGUCACAUGUGUGGGUGGCACACGAGAGUCAGGCACACUUUAAAAGAGCUACCUGCAACAAAGUCUGUAGCGUUGUUGGUAACAGGUCUUCUCUCCGUGAUGGCGAAUAACAGUAGCCAUGUUGACGUGAACGAAUCGCACAUCUUUGAAAACGGAUCCUUUUCAUUUCAUUUUGAUAACACGUGGGACCAUAGUCUUCCUGUCGUCAUCGCACUUUGUUUCUUAGGACUGUCAGGAGCGGCAGGGAACGCGAUUGUUGCCAUUGUCGGACUCAAGAGGCAAGAAAAGACGUCGGCUCGAUGUUAUAUCAUAUCGUUAUCGCUGGUUGACUUUGUGGUUUGUACCGUGGUUAUCCCGCUAGAGAUCUACAAUCUAACCAAUCAGUUCAGCUUUUAUAACGACGGACUGUGUAAAACGUACAUUUGGCUGUCAGACUUCACCAUGUACGCGUCCUUCCUCAUCCAUGUAGCAGUGGCUGCGGAUAGGUACUGGGUCAUGAAAACUGUCCACAACACGCAAGCUCAGAUGUACCAGCAUUUCUUCAGCAAGACGGUAACAUUUAGUCACGUGAGCAUUUUGAUAAUCGUUGUGGCCUCAGGCUUGAUCAGUAUUCUUGGCUGCGUUGGGUACGAAUCGGUUCCACUUCUGCUCGGGACAGACUUGUAUGCAUGUACAAAUACCCGCUUUAUCGACUUGGGUUAUGCUUCGUCGUGGAUCAGGACUUGUCUGUCCUUCUCUUCUAUUCUUGUCAUGUGUAUUUUGUACGUAGCGUUGUUCUGUGGACUUGCUAGAAGGGUGGGUGUUGCCUGGCCACCUCAAGUGGUCUCCGUUCAAGUGAGGCCGGUAUCCCGUCUCGAAGACUCUAGCCAGACAAUGGGCAGAGGUACAGAGACUAGCAUGAACUCAUCUCAACGACAACAUACGGGUGGUGAAACGGAUUUCGAGAUUCCCAGUGUCGACGCAGGUGUUGAAACAAUCGAUCCUGGAGCAGGCCGUCGGAGAGGUGCUGCUGCUCGGCAUGAAGCUGUCACAACCGAGGGGCGUGCCCAGCAGAGACAGUCGGGACAUCGCACACUGGGCAUCGUGCAUCGUACAGCACAGCAUGCCCGACUCAGCAGCAGGAAUGUCACCAUCAAAAAGGUGUAUCGUAGCGCCAAGCUGUUGGCUCUGAUAACGGCUGUGUUUGUGCUCACCUGGCUGCCGGAGUGGGUGCUGCAUCUGUUGCUACAGGUCGACAUCAAUCUGUACCACCGCCUGAUGGCCGCCAAUCAGUUCGACUUCGCCGAAGGCGCCCUGUGUCUGCGCUUUAUAAACAACGCAGUGAAUCCGAUCAUCUUUCUCUUUCUCAACAGUGAGUUUAGGCAAGAUUGUAAGCGGUUGGUCUGCUGUGUUAGAAGGAGUAGAUAA